AUGCUACGCUACCGGAACGAAGCAACCGAUGUCAUCGCAACCUUGCUGCGAGUGUCCGUCUGGGGAGCAGGCCGGAUGGGUGAACUCACCCACCUAGCCGUCCGGGGGGCGCGACAAGUUCAAGGCGCCCUUGCUACGGCGUCAGCCACCAUCGCAGCAACAGCAGGUCAUGCGGGUGAACUCGACGACCUAGCCCUCCAGGGGGCGCGACAAGUUCGAGGAGCCCUCGCCACGGCCUCAGCCACUAUCACGGCAACGGCCACGGCUGUGAACAGGGUGAGGGCCUGGGUGUUUGGGCGGGGGCGAGAACCCGCGCCGCCUAUCGACCACGGCUGGGUAGUGGUCGAUAGCCCGCAAAGCAGUACCACAUCGCCGGAGAGCGAAAGCGACGAUGACUUCGGGGACGAUAAUGGGGGGUUGUUCGACGAUGCGGGAGAAGGACUUGCCGAGGGGUAUGCCCUCGUUGGGAGCGACAACGAGGACGACAGUAACGAGGAAGGCGAAGAUCGCGACGAUGAUACCGGCAACCCACCGGAGUACCACAGCACCCUAGAGACGCGCGAGGACGCGCGGGAUGGGGUGCAGCAUCAUGAGCCCCGAUCAACGUUCCUGAUGGCCCCCAGUGUAUUUUCACCAUACCAACCCGAAAUACCGGAAGCCCGCUGGCAGGGAGGGAAUCCAGAAGUCCACGCACCCGAACUCGGGUUGACGGGGAACCCAGACCCACGGCCGAUGCAAUCCACCGCGGCUUGGCACCCGUUGCCCGAUAACCACGGGCCUUCCACCGACCGAGAGCAAAUUACCGACAUGCGGCAUAUGCAGCCGCAAGACAGCCCCCCGACCACAGCGACGCGACAGAACCAAGUAUCAGCGACAUCGAGGGCGGUCGCGUCCGUCUCGUCCGGAGGAAUGCUGCGGACUGGGAACGCGGCAUCGCUAACAAGAUCGGGGAUGAGCGCUGUAGAGUCACUCUCCCAUGAUGCAGAGUCUCAGGAGAGUGUUGGCGGCAGACCCCUCCCCACCAGCGAGGAGACAGUAGGCGGCUUUGAGUCGGUGGCUGUUUAUGGGGACUCCGGGCCAGUUACCAGGCGAGCACAGUUGGAGAGAGCCCGGCGUUAUGGGCGUGGACCUUUGGGUGGUGGGUACUAA